UGGCAUAGAGCCAUUGCCCACUUGUUUGCCUUGGCUAAAAAGUUGCUAGUUGUGUGUUACGCUGGGAUCGUUAUGUCCACACAACCAUGACAAAAAAAAAAAAAACUCUCUUCCUUCCACUGUCUAGAAGAGGUCCAUCUUGCUAGGCUAGCAAAGUCUUCGAUGAACAGUGGCACACACCACUAACAAACUGGCAGUAGGUACUGGGUGGUUUAGGCAAAGAGUCUUUGAUGAAAAAUGGGGAGAUAGCUACUUUCAUGCAUGCAUAGAAACUCGAUUUUUUAAUAUUUAUACAAUUUGAUUUGUAUCGUUUUCUGAAUGAUUCUUCAGGAAUAGAACUGGUUCUGUUUCAAUGAAUUUAGAUCAGGAAAUUAACUUGCAGCUCUGUUUUUUCUUCUGCAUUGCUUCAGCUCUUAUUAUUCGAACAUAACAUUAUAUCCUGUCAACUAUGAUGCAGGGAAUGACAAUAUGGGACGAAAGCUUAUAAUAGCUGCCUCAGCUGCCGGCGUUGGAGUUCUAAUAAUUACAAUCUGCUGCGUCAUCAUCAGAAAGUUCUCACCCGUCAACUUCCUUUCCUGUUUGAGAAAAACCAGAGGAAGUCGCAGUAUAGAGGUUUUUCUGAGGAAUUAUGGAACCUUAGCACCAAAAAGAUACAGUUAUUCAGAACUUAAGAAAAUGACCAAAACCUUCAAAGAGAAACUAGGCCAAGGAGGCUAUGGAAGUGUUUUCAAAGGCAAUUUACCUGAUGGUCGUCUUGUUGCUGUUAAAGUCUUGAAGAAAUCAAAGAGUAAUGGAGAAGAAUUUGUCAACGAAGUUUCAAGCAUCAGCCAGACUUCCCACGUCAACAUUGUUACUCUUCUGGGGUUCUGUUUUGAGGGUUCCAAACGAGCUCUAAUCUAUGAGUUCAUGUCUAACGGGUCACUUGACAAGCACAUAUAUGAAGAAAAUCUCUCGAAGGCAGAUCGCCAAUUGGGGUGGGAAACACUAUACCAAAUUGCAGUUGGCAUUGCUCGAGGAUUAGAAUACCUGCACAGAGGUUGCAACACAAGGAUUUUACAUUUCGACAUCAAGCCUCAUAAUAUUCUUCUAGAUGAAAACUUCUUACCUAAAAUUUCUGAUUUCGGCCUGGCUAAAAUAUGCCCUAGAAAAAAGAGUAUCGUAUCGAUGUUGGGUGCAAGAGGAACUAUUGGAUACAUUGCCCCCGAAGUAUUUUGUCGAAAUUUUGGAGGGGUCUCUCACAAAUCUGAUGUUUAUAGCUACGGGAUGCUAGUAUUAGAAAUGAUUGGAGGGAGAAAAAACUUCUGCGGCGGAGCUGGUAAUACCAGUGAGAUCUAUUUUCCAUAUUGGAUAUACAAGCGUCUUGAACUAGGCGAAAAACUUGGACUUCGAGGGACAGGCAAUAAAGUGGAAGAGCAAAUUGCAAGAAAAAUGAUUUUGGCAAGCUUGUGGUGCAUUCAAACUGAUCCCUCAAAUCGGCCACCCAUGUCUAGAGUGGUAGAAAUGCUGCAAGGAAGCCUCGAGUCCUUGCCAAUCCCACCAAGACCGACCUUGUCUUCCCCUCCAAGAUCUCCUCAUGGAUCAAUUUCAGAUUCCUCGAGCACCGCUAUCAUAAUCCAUGACCUUUAAGAAACACUGUAUCAAAAAUGUCUUUGAAAACUCCAUGGCCUGAGCUAGUCAAUUUAGCAUAUUGCUCUUAAAGACUCUGCUG